AUAUUAUUUUCGUUUUCAGACUUAGCUACCGAUCGUUCACCGUCGCUCGCGAGUUGUGACGCGUAGCUGCCGACGAGGACCGCCGAUCCGAUUAGCACGCGAUAAAAUAUUAUAAUAUUAAAAACGGGACUCGACUACGGUUUGCCAGUUAUUAUUAGUGAUUACGGUUUGCUUGAAAAUACUCAAUCGUCGAUUUCGCAGUGAUCCGAUUAUUUGUCAUCAUCAUCAUCAUCAUUAUUAUUAUUUACAUCCGACGUAAUAUUAAUGCAAUGUGCGYAGGAGUUAAAGGACGAUCGGCAGACUGAUGGAAAAUUAUACCUACUUUGUUCUUAACAGUAGUGAUGCGAACGACUUGGUGGCGAUGUUUGUAGUUAUUUCAAGUGUUGAAAUAUUUUUCAAGUUUAAUAAUUCAUAACGAUUAAAAAUCAAAAUUGAAUUUCGUCGGUCGUCGGUGAAACUGUAAAUAUAAAAUAAUUACAAGGCGAAAAAAAAUCGUCUUUUGUGCGGCCGGGAAAUGCAUGGACACAACCUUGGCGCCACUGUAGUAGGCAACUCGCACUCGCACACACACGCGAUAAAACUGGGCGUGUGUGCGUGAACGUAAACGCGAUUGUUGGGAGUGUGUGCGUAAUCGUCGUUUCAUUGUGCUGCUGCUGCUUUUGCUCGUUGUUGUUGUCGCUGUAAGUCUCAUAUGCUUGUAAUAAUAUCUGAUCGAUAUCAAAUAUCAAUAUAAUUUAUCAUCCCCCGGCGAACGGUACGUCAAAGCCGAGGAGAGAAACGACGAGUCGAUAUGUCUUUCACUGCUGUCACCGUCAGUAACCGGUCAUAGCGGUCGUCCGUAUGCGCACAGUGGUCGCUCUACAGUUGGCCAUUCAACGACGAUGCGCGAAUUCAAAGUUGUCGUGCUGGGCUCGGGCGGCGUGGGCAAGAGUGCCUUGACCGUACAGUUCGUGUCUGGCCGGUUCAUGGAGAAGUACGAUMCAACCAUAGAGGACUUCUACAGGAAGGAGAUAGAAGUCGACAGUUCACCGUGCGUGUUAGAAAUACUUGACACUGCCGGUACCGAACAGUUUGCCAGUAUGCGCGACUUGUACAUAAAGAACGGACAGGGUUUUGUUGUCGUGUACAGCCUGACUAACCAUCAGACCUUCCAGGACAUUAAACCCAUGAAGGAGCUCAUCACCAGGGUGAAGGGAUCAGAGCGGGUGCCCAUAUUGCUGGUUGCAAACAAAAUUGAUUUAGAACAUCAACGUGAGGUUCCAACAAUCGAGGGAAACACUCUAGCCCAGAUCUGGGGCUGUCCAUUUGUCGAGGCUAGUGCCAAGAACCGUACCAAUGUAAAUGAAGUGUUUGCAGAGAUUGUGCGUGAAAUGAAUUUCAGCAAUGACAAAGAGAAGAAGAGUUAUUGUUGCUGUACAGUUCUAUAAGCCAUAUUUUUUAGAAUUUUGUGUUUUGUGUGCAUCAAUCAAUGUCAAAUGUUGCUGGUGAUUUCAAUUUUUAUCAGAAAUACGUCAAAAUUCAUAUUCAAUAGUAUUGGUGUCAGGAACUGUACUCACUACAAUUAUUUACAUAUCCAGCUUUAAAAAGGGUACGUUUUCUAAAGACUGUCGAUGAUAUUGAUAAUAUACAUAAUAAURCAAAUUAUUAACAGAUUUUUUAUAAAUCCACCUAUCGCAUGUGGCACACUACUGCAAGUGCCAUUUAUUUUAAUGUUAUAAUAUUAUAUAAAGAUAGAAUGUGUUUUUUUAAAUUUAAUUUUAUUAUUUAACUAGUGUUAAAUAUGUUUUCUGUAAUGUAUACAUUUUUUUUUUUGUUAUAUCGAAAUGCAGGUUUAUUGAUACGAAAUGUUUAAGGCAGGAAUGAGAUAAUAACUUAAAUUAUAAUGUGUAUUCCUGUAUGUAAUAUAAAAGGGAAUAGGCGGAGUAAUAAUAAUAUUAACGG